AUGGUGAGAAAGAAAGUGGACAUCGUGAAAAUUGAGGAUAAAUCAAAAAGACAAGUGACUUUCACGAAAAGGCGGCAAGGGCUGUUCAAGAAAGCCAGUGCACUUUGCAAUAUUAGCAAUUAUGAGAUUGGAAUCGUCACUUUUUCCCUGGCCGGCAACAUGUAUGCCUGGGGACAUCCCACAGUUGACUCCGUCCUGCAGCGUUACAUGGCCUACAGGGCCCAGAAACCUGAUGAAAAUCAUCAAGAAAACGAAACUUCUCCAGGCGAUCACCAUCAGAACAAACGGGAGAUGAAAAAGAGACUCCUAAAAGAUCUGACAGAGAAGGCUGGUCAGGAGAAGGGUUUGGUGUUGAAGAACAACAAGAAUAACAGUAGUAAUCAAGAAGGGGAGAAGAGAGUGGAGGGGCAUGCAGCAGCGGCGAAGUCAAAGGUGAUGGCCUCAUGGAAUUUGCCAAAAGUUGAUGAUCUAGAGAUUGAUGAACUUGAACGACUUAUGGCAGAUAUGGAAGAGAUGAAAAAGAAGGUUGUUGAUCGCGCUAAUCAGAUGAAAAGCAGUGCUGGUCGAGUUCCAAGUUCCUAG